AUGGGCGAACUUGGUGCGCUUCUCAGAGGUUGCGUCUUUCCAGCGAACUGUACGGCUGAUCUGUGUCACAAUGGUGGUACGUGUAUUCCUUUCCGGAAUGGAACGGAAGACAUUUGUGAAUGCGCACCUGGUUUCACUGGAUCCAAAUGCCAAUACGAUAUCAAUGAGUGUAUAGCGGAUAACGGUGGCUGCCAUCACGACUGUGUGAACACGAUCGGAACGUUCUACUGUAGAUGUUGGUCAGGGUUUGAGCUGGAGGAAAAUGGAAAACACUGCAAAGACAUUGACGAAUGUGCGAUCUCAAAUGGCGGAUGCUCUCACCGAUGUGUGAACUCGCCAGGUGGUCAUAGGUGCGAAUGUCCGCCUGGGAUGCAGGUGAAUUCUGGAGGAAGGAAAUGCGUUGGUGAGUUCUCGGGGCUUUCCGGCAUUUCAUUGCGACAGAAAUAA